AUGUCGACGCAGUACGACUAUCCAACAGCAAACCACCCCCGCACCAUGGACUCCACCCACCUGAAAAUGAGCAGCACACCCUCCUCCCGGCCUGCGCACACGACCCACACGACCCAGCCCCCGUCGUCGCGUCGCGUGCCAGUGCCCUCCGCCUCUAUGCCCCAGAGCUCGUGGCUCUCCGACGUGGGGGACUUCUCCUCGUCCUCCCUCGUCCCGGACUACCUCAGCGUGUCCAUUCCAUCGGCGGGGUCGUUUCUGAGCACCGGGCGUCGCCCAAGCGAGCCGCUCGUUCGUCCACCCGCACUAAAAAGUGCCAGCCCCUCACGUGAGAAGCUGUCACUUCACGUCAAUACUUCGGGGCUACGGCCGAGUUCCGCAACGACACGCGCAGUGCAAGGCUCGACGCCAGAACGCAGACCAGGGACGAGCGACGGUCAAACUUCAAAGUCGUCGCGCAAUGUUCUCAAGCGAAGACCGAGCUCCCGUUCAAAUCCCAGUACGCCGACUGCCAGUCACUUCCAAAUCCCUACCGAUGAGAGCUACCCACCGCCCCGGUCUACGCCGUCGAAACGUGUCUCUCGUUCGGAGCGCCUCACUUCCUCAUUCUCUGCCAGGCCGACUACGUCUCCUGCCACCAACCGCGCCGCUACUCUGCCCCGUAAAAUGUCGCUGACAGCGGCUACCAGGAGUCAGCAAUAUUCUCCAUUGGGUUUAACCCCUGCGGGCGCAGUCGCCUUGGCAUACAAGCAGCAGGAGCAGCGCCGAGAGGAGCUAGCAGAAACCGCGUCAUUCAACGACGCAUACAGGCCGGCCUCGGCCAACCCAUCGGUCCUAUCUAUGCGCCGACCCGAUAUGGGCGAGACCGACGAGGAAGGUGGGGAACCGUAUUACACGGUUUUCGGCAGUCCCUCUGGCAAGCUGGUAGCCGUGGGGAGUCCUGUGGACGACGACUGGCAUGUCACCGCCGGCUGGGAAACACGUGGAAGUGUGGCGGCACCCAAAUCUGUGUCAACGAGUUCGCGGAGUCUCUCCCGGAAAGUGUCAGGGUCUUUCAAGCGCGUAGCAGGGUCGAUGAAGAGGGAGCGGGAGGUACGAGAUCCGUUAGCACGGGCAAGAGGUGUGGACGACUGGACACCAUACGACGGCUCGCGGAGUGUCGGCGGCCGCGAGAGCCCCACGCGACAUAAAGUAGGGCGGAAGCCGCCUACUUUGGACACGCGCCUGGAAGAGCGGAGCAGCCCACGCGCGUCGCCCGUACCCUCGCGGGGCAGCCCGCCCGCAGGGAGCCCUUCCCCGCAAGAAGAUGGGCGUGGAUCGCGCUCACCGAAGCCGAAGACUAAGGAAGAGCUGUCGCCUGGCGGCAUGUGGUCGAAGCUCAUGAAGCGGAUCAGCACGGGCGGGCUCCGCGACAAGUACACCCAGAGCGACGAGCCGCCACCCCCGGUGCCCGCGCUCCCGCAAAACCUUGUCAAGACUGCCGCGGCGCGCACUACGAUGGACAUAUCCCAUGCCGCCCCGGGAGAGGUCAGCGAGAACGGAGUGUUGCUGAAACGUUUCAUGCAGUCGCGCUCGUCAUUAUCUGGGGUCCGGCCUUCGGCCGCUUCUACGAAAGCGGCCUCGUCGUCGUCGUCGCGCCCGAGCACGGGUACGGCUGGCCGCCCGUCCACCGGAAAUACUACGAAGAGCCGUGGCAGCCUAGGCCAGCGGCCUAGUACCAGGACACGCUCGUCGUCGCCGGUCUCAAGCGAGGUCGCCUCGUCCGGCUUCUUCAACCAUAAUCGCACGCCCUCCACCCGAUCGUCCUUUUCCUCCCUCGGCGAGGAGCUCCCGCCUAUGCCCAAGAACUUGGGACGAUACAUCGUGCCUCCUGGGGAGCUUUCUCGCAUGGCGAAGGCGUCGGAACAGAGCACACCUACGCCGAGCACGCGUUCGCGGAAAUCCAGCCGGUCGCAGUCUGCCCCCGUGGAAGAGCGUGCUCAGCGCGCCUCCCCUUCCGACGGCAUGCCUUCAUUACCUCUCCCUCCCCGCCGCGCGACGCACGAAGGCGCUUCACCUAUGAGCCCCUCCUUCCACGCCGAUGCCCCCAUUUCACCUCCUUGCGCGCAUCCGCCUCCCCUGGCAGAGUUCGGCAUGGCAGAACCACCUCCUCGUCCAAAGCGCAGCUCGCGCCGGAUGCCGCCGCCCAACGUCAAUGUUCCUCCGCGCUCGCAGUCUAUGUCUGCGACGAUGCCACGCUCACCCGCGACGCCCCGCGGGCAGCCGCCCGUAGUCCGCGUCGACGUGAGCCUCGCUCGAAGCCCGUCGACCGGCGCACUGAGCUAUGCGUCAACCGCACGCCAGGUAUCCGCGACCUCGUCAACGUCACCCUCAUCUGGCGCGUCGCAUCCGACGUCACCCGCAUCUGCGGUGUCAUCCCGGCGCUCUCCGCUCACGUUCCGCGAGCUCGAAAGCCCGCGGCAGAGGCUGUCCGAGCGCGAGAAGGCCGCAAAGUGGGAGGACCUCCUCGAGCGCAGCGCGCAGGCAGGCGGAACGCUGCACAUCGGCGAGCCGGGGCUGCUCUCCGAGCACCCUGACGUCGAGGGCGCGUCUGUACUUACGUUCGACGAUCUGUGA